UGCACAUUCUGCACUGAUUUGCGCUACGUGACGCUGACGACGAACGCAGACAAACGAGACGAAGCGGUCAGGAGCGGUAAAACGUUCGCGUGUCCGUUGCAGAAACGUGAUAACGUUUAUUAACUGAGACGCAAAUGUGGUGCCUGUUCAGAGAACGUCAACACCUCAACCUUGGAAUCUGAAAACGUCGGUUGUAAAGCUCGACUGAUCCACGCGUCGAAGAACGUAUCCGAUCGACAUGGAAGCGGUCGAGGAGAGCGAGCCCAACGUUCUUCGCGAGAUCGCGAGUGAGGAGGAGCUGGCACAAAUCCCGAGAGAAUUAACGAGGAAGAUCAAUGCGCAUUUUAAUGCAAAGUUCGAGGAGUUCAUAACCGCCAAGGCGGUUUUCGAGACCAGCCGAAAAUGUUUGGAGCAAAAUUUAGAGACGGCGCAGAAGGAACUUGCAGAGCAAAAGUUGGAUCUUGACGAGUGUAGGGGGAAGUUGGAGCUAGCGGAAAAGAGCAAUACAGAAGUAUGUAGCAAUCUUGAGGAAGUGAAAAUUGAAGUGCACAGAUUACAGGAAUCUGUCAAACGGUUGGAGAAGGAAAAUGGUGAAUUACGUAGACAGAGAGACACAGUUACGGAUGAAGCUAAUGGAUUACAACUGCAAGUUGAAAGGCGGGAUACCGAAAUCGAAAGAAUGCGUACCGAAUUGUCUUCUUUGAGCUCUCAGCUUCAAACUGCCAUUGCGACCAAGUGCCAAACUCUAGCUGACACAGAGGAAAUUCGCAGUCGAGAAAUGACCUUGGACUUCAAGGAGAAACGACUGGAGCAAGAACGAGUGCUCCUUUCGCAGCAGAUGGCAAACCUCGAGGAAGAACUAUCCAAGAGGACCUCUGAACUUCAGACAGCGAGAUCCGAAGCUUCCUCUAGGGCUCUCUUAAUCGAUACAAAACUAUCUCAGCGCGAAGAAGAGUUGCGAAUAGCCAAUGAAGCCAAUUCUCAAUUGCGAGAAUCAGUUUCCUCGCUUCAAAAGCAAUGCGAUGAACUGGUUCAGAAAGUGGAGCAGCAGCGAGCCCAUGAAAUCGCUAUAAACGAUUCCUACCAAAAAGAAAUCAAUGCGCAGAAAAAUCUAGCCAGCUUAUACGAGUCGAUGAAGGAUGAUGCCAAUGCAAAGGCCGAGGCAAUCUCUAAUGCAGCAAGCGAGCUACAGAAGUUAGUGGAUAGCACUGCGGAAGAAUAUGGAAGCUUGGAGACAAAGUACCAUCAAUUAUUGGUCCAGCACAAGCAGGAUGUUGAUGACAAGGAGCAGAUUAUUCAAGAAUUGACAAAAGAGUUAGAACAUGCUAAUGAAUUACUGAAGAACAUCAAGCAAGAGAAAUUGAACCAAGCUGUAGAACAAUUAGCACCUACAGCAGCUAUAACCAGUCGAGUGCUACGCAGAGGCUUAAGUCUCACACAGAUUUAUACUCAAUUGGUUGAAGUCUCCAAUGAAUUAACCUCGGAGCGAGAAGAAAAUGAACGCAUGAAAUCUCAGAUGGAUGUGAUCCUUCGUGAGUUGGAGCAGAAGGCACCGUUAUUGCAACAACAACGUCAGGAUUAUGAAAUGGCUAUGGCGAAUAUCGCAACGCUGACAAACAGGCUGGACGAACUACUCGCGGAGAAUCAGCGUCUUCAUGAAACUGCUGACGAGGCUAACCGUCUUGCCAAGCAUCACACUACAGAAAACCAAAGGCUGAAAACUGAAUUGGCCGACUUGGCUAGACAAGUAUGUUAUUUGCUUAAAGAAGUUCAAGAAAGCCGCACUGGCACUCGCAUGGAAACUAGAGAUCUAUCUUCCUCUGCAGACACAGAUGACAUCUUGUCGUCGCAGAUCAUUAGCAAGAAAUUGGUGACGUUUAAGGAUAUUGAGGAACUGCAGGAGAACAAUCAGAAACUUUUAGCAGUUGUCCGCGCGUUGUCAUCCAGACAAGAGGAAAUCGAGCGGGCCACCGACGAAAUAAAUUCGGGCGAGAUGAAAGAGAAGUUGGACCGUUAUAUGGAACAGUUAACGGAGAUGCAGGCUGCGCAAGAUAGGCAGUCGAAGAUGUUGGACGGUCUCUUGAAGCAGAGAGAUAUGUACAAAAACAUGUAUCAACAGAUGAAGAAUUCAAGUGAAAAAAAGAAGGAGGAAGUGGAAAAAGAUAUCGAAGAGGACAACGUCAAAUCAGAAGAGGAAUCGAAGACAACGAAAAGUGUUGAAGAAAAAGAGAAAUUGUUAAGAAAAUUGAAAGAGGCUGAGGAUAAAUUGAAACAUGUUUCGGAUGAGUAUGAGAUAUAUCGAAAAGAACGAACCGCCCAUGAAAAGAUGUUAGGUGAGGAAGUUGAAAGACUUAGAAAAGAGGCAGAAGCAAAUUCGGCGAGGUGUUGCAGACUGAGAGCACAACUGGACUCGGCGAACGAGAGAUUUACACUUUUGCAGGGCAAUGUCGCUUCUUAUAAGUCCCAGAUCAAAGCGCUUGAGGAGAAAUGCACCAAUUAUAACGUCACCAUCAGCAAACAUGAGCAGAGUAUUAUGAUGCUAAAAGAUGAGACGCUCUCCGCUCAAACUCGUUUAUCCCGGGCGGAAGUUCAAUUGGAAAACAUUCGCCAGGAACGUCAACUUCUGCGGGAUUCUGAGGGACGUCUUCUGAAGGAACGGGAAGUUUACCAAAGAGAAAGACAGACUCAAGCACUGCUUAAGGCUGAUAUGGAGUCAAUUAAGGCCAGUUUGGAGCGAGUCACGGCUGAAGGACAGCUUAGAGCCGAACACAGACUCGACGACGCCAACAGAGAAUGCGCUGCUCUUCGACGUCGUCUUCAGGAAGAACAGGAUCGCUUCAGGGAAUUGGCAGCUCAUUUAGAGAGACAGUUGACGAUCGCUCAAGAGAGAUUAAAAGAAGAACGUGAAAUGAGUGAGAGAUUAAAGGCGGAGCUGGAUCAAGCAAGAGAAACUGAGGCUCAAAGUAGCCAGAAAAUUGAUCAAUUAAGCAAUAAAUUGAGACAAGUAGCCGCUCAUUCCAUUGCUAAGCCCUUGACAGGAGAUGAAGGUCUUGUAAAGAGAGUGAAGGAGUUGGAGACGCAGCUGAAUGCCUCUCAGGUUGAAGCGAAGUCGCUCUCCGAACAAUUGAAGGCAGCUAGACAGCAAAGUCAACAAUAUUGUGAUAUUGCUGAGAGUGCUGAAACGCAAUUGAGAGAAUUGACAGCCGAAUAUAACAAAUGCAAAGAAGAAUUGGAGAAUGCUCUGAAAGAGUCACGUGUAGAGAUCAUUUCGUUGCAGAAAAGAGUAAAGGAGCUGGCUGAUGAUCUGGUAAAGAUGUCAAAUGGCAGGCAAGAAACCGACUCAGAAUUAAGAGAUAGACUAGCUGAGGCUGAAAGAAAGGUCGAAGAGCUGGACGAGUUGAAGGGUGAGUUAGAAUUGCUAAAGAGCGAUCUGAAAACUGUCUCUAUUGCGGCUAAAGAAGCGGAGGAAAAAUAUACUAGAGAAAUGAUGCAGCAUUCGUCUGAUUUGCAGAUUUUGGCAAAAUUAAAAGAGGAAGCUCAGCAAGUUCAACAACGACUUGAUAUUCUGACUCAAGAGCGGAAUUCGGCAGUGGAAGCUCUGGAACUUGAGAAAUCAGCCUCAAAGCAAAGAGAGCAGAGGCUCGUGAAUGAGGUCGAAGAAACCCAGAAGAGAAUUAAAGACCUCGAUACGCAGAAUGCACUUUUGCAUAAUCAGAUUCAGGAGUUGGGUGACCGAGUAUCCAUUAUGCAGAGUCAGCAGACCAAGAUAAGCGGGAGGGACAGUCCUGAUACUAGUAUGGAAGCUCUGAACAAGAGUUUCAGUUCGUUGGAGGAAGACUCGAAUUCCGUUGAACAAUUGUUAAGAGUUAUGAAGUAUUUGAGAAGAGAGAAAGAUCUGGCCUUAGCCAAAUCCGAUGUUCUUAGAGCCGAAAAUCUUAGGUUGAAAUCACAGACCGAGGUGGUGGAGAAGCGAUUGAAGGAAACCGAAGCUGUGCUGAAUUCUGAACGAGAAAAGUCUGAAAUUGAUGUGAUGGCCACAUCCAAGCAUGCGGAAUUAUUGCGCAAAGUGGAGACCUUAAACGCCAUCACGGAUUCUAACCGAAUCCUUAGGGAAGAAAGAGAUAAUCUUAGUGCGAAAGUUAACGAACUCACGGCCAAAGUAAACGCUUUAUCGGAGGAAGUUGUACCUCUUCGAGAUAUAUCUAGAGAUUUGACAGCCAAAACAGAAGCUUUGACAGAGGAAAACACCAGCUUGAAAGGCGAAGCAACUAGAUGGAGACAAAGAGCGAAUACAUUAUUGGAAAGAUCGAAUAAGACCAGCCCUGAGGACUGGCGACGACUUCAAACAGAAAGAGAGAACCUGAGCAAACUGUUAACGUCAGAGAGGGAAACUCAUGCAAAGAGAACUGAAGAAUUUAAUCAAGUGAAAACAGAGAAGGCGAAACUCGAGGAGCAACUGACGCAGUUACAAAGACAGAUGCAAAUCCAAAAUGAACAAAUGUCGCGAGCAUCGGACGAAGUCCGCAAAUUAGGUCAGGAGCUCAACGAGGCACUAGCCGAUUCCUCUUCGAAGGCAAAGGACUUGGUUUCUCUCAGAAAGGAAUUAGGCGAUAAAGACGUCGUUCUUAAUGACAUCAGAAACAAGGAAAUUCAGAUCCGCAAAAUAGCCAAGAAGUAUAAAACGCAAUUUGAGGAACUCGCUCGAACCGUCGAGGAAGAGAAGAACCGUAAUGAAGAAACCAGAAACGAGGAUGCUCCCAGCGUGAUAACGGAAGAGCGUGAGGACCAACUACGGGAGGAAGGUCGCCAGGAACUUCGUCAAGUGAACAUUGAGCUCACGACGAAGAUAGAUGAAGUAACUCGUCAAAUGGCAGCGGCUCAAAGCGAGGCCGAUAAUCUAAGAAUGGAAAUCGAGGUCAUGAAUCGCACCAGUAUAGAGAAGGAAGAUAGGGCAAAACAGGUCCUUAAGGGCGCCAGAACGAAAAUCAUGCAGUUAACUGAAGCAAAGAAAAUCUGCGAAAAAGAGUUAAUGGAUCUAAAAUAUAGAAUGGACUCUGUAGGAGGCAGUACCGGAGUUCAAGGAGAUUCUGAUACGGACCACGACGCACGAUUGGUGGCAUUAAAAUCACAGAUGGAAGGUCGUAUCUCUAGGUUGGAGCACGAGAAGACGGAGAUACAGGCGGAGAAGGAAUCGCUUUUGCAGCGAGUUGCUCAACUCCAGAGACAGCUGUCAGGAGUGAGUGGGGUAAGCGCGACCACGGAACCACCGACAGCGAAUAUUAAGCCAAUGUCAGCUAGAGCAGAAACUCCACUGGCCAGCAUUAGACCAAUGAGCGUGGUGGUGCAGUCGCGAACAGCUGCCGUCUUACCGACUACAGCUGGUGCGCCGGUCAUGGUUGCGCCACAUCAGAUGCAGCAACAACAGGUAGUGCAUACUACGGAGACGAGCUCGCCGACUAGCAGCCUAACUGACUUCCAGCCGGCAAGUACUAGUACUUCUUCGCAGAGUGCACAAACUAGCAGUCUUCGUCAACUGGUGGUACAACCCCAAUUGAGCGAAUCGGCGGAAUCGACACAGAGAGAAGACCCAGAAGGUGCGGAGACACUUAACUUGCAGCCGCAACAGCAACAAUGUCAGCAGCAGCAGCAACAGCAGCAACAAACAGUAGCGCUUGUGAGUCCUAGAGUGGAGCAACAGCAGCAGCAACAGCAGAUCACUGUCAGCGAUCAGCAACAGACAGUGGCAAGCAGCUCUACGCAGUCAGUCAGUACUUCUCAAGCUUCCACGGGACUCAAGAGAGCACGAGGCCUAGAUUCAACCGCCUCCGGCUCUGGGAUAGUCGAAGGAUUGGACCAUGGACGUCAAGAGCAGGUGCAGAGUCCAAAAACUAAGAGGAGCAGACAGGACAUUAGCGCUACUGCGAGCGCCAGCGCUUCGGAAGUGGAGUAUCAGGUGCCCACGUCAAGUCAGAGGGAUCAAGAUGAAGAAGUAGAAGAAGGUUGCGUAGUAGUGGUGGACUGUGAUGAGGGUGAAGGUGGAGGCAACCAUCAAGCACAGGAAGAAGAGGAAUUUGACAACGAUACGUAUGAAGAGAUAGAGGAAGAAGAAGAAAUGCCCUAUGAAGUAGAAGUUGAGGUUGAACGAGACAAUAAUGAGGUAGAAAUUAUUAUGGAGGAGGAUUCCACUAGUGUUGAGAUCUCUAGACAAGGUCAAGCCAUUAUUCCUACAAACCAGCAACAAUCUGAAGCUAUCAGUAGCGCUGGACCGACUGGAGAACCUGCUACGUCCUUCACAGCAAGGCCCAGAGGAAUCGCACCUAUGCCCAGGCAGCAACAACAGCAACAUCUUCUUCUGCCACAACAAGGUUACGAAGAUGGCGGCGACGACUGUAUUGUACCAAGCACUCCUACUCUUUUCGUUCCCCGUCGCGACGGUUUCGGCGAAGCUGUGAGUUCUCCGCAGGUCCCACAAGGUCGAUUUACUUUUGGAGACCCCUCGGCACCUACAACAGCUUCCUCGACACCGUCUCUGACAACGCCAACGACAGGCUCUACUACUAGAAUCUUUGAUUCAACCAAUUCCGUUGUAGUUCAGGUUGUCCAAGAGAGUCUGGACGAAAACAGAAUAGACUUGGGCCAACUGGAAGACAGUGGAACCGGUCGAAGCGUUCCCACGACACCUCUUCAAGUUUCUCCAGCUGCAGAUCUACCUCCUUCGACUAGUAGCAGUCAAUCUGAAGAUCAAGAAAACUCUGUGACGCAUGUUUCCGUAACGGCCACUUCUGGAGAUAAUCCCGAGGAUCCUAACAUUCCUAGCAUUCGUAUCAUCGGUACUGAUGAACAGCAACGCGGUUCAACUGAGGCUACAGAAUCCAGCGCAACUCCAAGCGAAGGAGUGAGCUCGGAAGGUGAGAAGCGAGGAGAAGAACCAGUGGCUUUGGCAUCUGGCGAGGACGAUGCCGUGGACACAGUAGAAGCGACGGAAGAGGCGGGAAGCGAACUCGUUGAAGACGAGGUUGAAGAGGAGAACCGCGAAGCGGAGGCAUCGCCGUCUAGUAACACUCGCCAGAGGGCAAUGGCAGCCAGCUUGGCGGCUGCGGGUGACCCCAACAAUGCCAGAGGAGUAACAGUGAGAAGAUCGCCUAGGUCGCCCUUCAGGGCGGCAAGAGGCGCGAGGCCUACACCGAUCGUAUGGGGAGAAAGCUCAUCGGGUAGAGGACAACCCGUAAUGCGAGGACACGCGGCUAGAGGAGCCGUCAAUGAGGGGGGACGAGGACGAGGGACGCGAGGCCGACGAAUGCGCUCGAAAUAUCCUUAUGCCCGAUACUCGUAAUAUCGGCACAGCAUUUUCUCUGUCUUAUUUUGUUUCACGGUGCUCCUCGAACUCCUGCAUCUCAAACCAGGUGGCCAGUUAAAGAUCGAGGAAAGAGAACAGGAAGAAGAAAGCACUCAGAAGAUGAAGGAAAUGAAGCAAGAAGGAGAAAAGUCACGCGAAGCACUCUUAGUAAUUACGGUUAUUUCGAAGAGCUUCUCGGAACGGAUAGAUUGAUCCCUCCUCAAAUUCUCUCUCCUCUUACCGGGAAUCCGGAGGAAGACCUCUGCGCUGAGAAAAAUCGAAGAGCAAGUGGUAACGAGAGGGAAGAAAUCGGAGAAGGGAGAACGAGGGUGAGGGAAAAGCUGGAUAACAGUUACGUAUAUACAGAAUGAAAGAAUUCUGAUCGCAGAACUUGGCGGUAGUGGCAGUAGAUCUUCUCGGUGCAAACAGUGUGAAGCUCGAAGAGAAGAUCGUAGUAAACUUUGGAAAAAAAUCAAUUACGUAUUAAAUUUAUUAAAUUAUCUAAAUGUUUCUGAAGCCAAGAAGAGAUAUUUCUGGAAAUAAGAUUUGAAGUUGGCUGAAAGAAGAGAAUGACGGAAGUGUAAAGAUUAAUUUAUUUGAGAUCAAAAUAUUUGAAACUGGCUGAAAAAGAGGAUUAAAUCUCUUCUUGAUUUGAAGAAAAUUU